AUGGCACUCCUCUCGACACGCCUGGGCGGCUGCUCCCCCCCCGCCAGACUCCCAUGCCUGCUAGUGCUCCGGCGAAACGCGCUCGCUCCCGCCGGCUAUAACAAGCGACUGCCUCCAAAGCUUGCUGCCCUGCCCACCCCCAGAGUUCCACGCCGCUCCUAUCCUCCACUCGCCGUGCCCAUGGAAAUCCCCAGCAGACCCGCCAGCGAGCGCGCCAGCUCCCCCACCAGAAAACCCCCCCGCCCCAUGCUUUCCGUCCGCCGUCGCUCGGCUUCCCUCGACUCCUCCGAUCCCUCUGAUCCCUCCAGCCCGAAGUCUUCCCGAUACUCCUGCGCGGGCACAACGGCGGUCGAUGUCCCCACACGCCAGCCAUCCGCCACUGAGCACCCUCUCCGCCACGAACUACCAGGCUCCUCAACAUCGGACGGCGGCAAGCCCAAAAAGACCUCCUACGCUUGGAGAAAGACUCUCUACGAGUACUUCAAGUCGGACGACGAAGGCAUCCUAACGUCUGACGAUGAGCACUGGCUAGGAAGCAACAAGCCCUAUGCCGCAAAACAAGAACCCCCAAGCGGCAAGACCCGACUGCCCAAGGAACUUACGCCCCCAGUGGCAGACACUGAAGCAAGCCCGGACAGCGACUUCGAAGACCGAUCAGACGAUCAACCCAGCCCACCUCCGUCCCCCCACCUGACCCCCAGCAGUCCCAUCCGGCCUUCCCCAGCCAGCCCGAAGUUCACGCCAUCAGACUUCCCGGCCCUCUCGGCGAAUCCACGACCGGUCUCCGUGUCGGACUCCUUAGCCUGCCAGCUCCCGGACGGCCCGUGGAAAAACCCCACCCGCAAGCCAUCUGCGACCCAGUUCCCCGCCUUGAACUCGCCCGCCCGGCCGCCGCCGUCGCAUCCUGCCACACGCUUCAUCUGCAGCUUCAGCUCUGCCGUCGGCCGCGCCGCACACCAGCCGGACCCUUCCGCCGCUCUUGCCCAGGAGAAAGCCGCCAAGAUAGCAGAAGCCGUCUGGCGCGAGGAAACACUCAAGGCCACGCUGCCUGCUUUCGAGCUUGACGACCCCGCCUGUGGUCCCCAGAAGAUCAUCCAGUGUCCCUCCGACCAGCACCCGAUCUCCGAGCUGCCCCAGCUGAUCAAGACGCUCUGCACCGACGGCAUCUCGCUCCCCUGUGGCCGAGCCGAGCUCGAGGGCGGGCCGUAUGUGGCGGUGGCCUUCGACAUGGAAUGGACGAUCAGUCGGACCAGAGGGCACGAGAACCGCACCGCCGUUCUCCAGCUCGCCAGUCGCUCCCAGGUGCUCAUCGUCCAGAUCUCGCGCGAGCCCGGCUGGCGCACCCAGGGCAUCAUCCCUCCCUCCCUCCUCGACUUCCUCGUCAACCCGCAGAUCGUCAAGAUCGGCGUGGGCAUCCGAAACGACGGCCUCAAGCUCAUCCGCGACCACAAACUCGGGCCCAAGCCGUUCCUCAACAGCUUCCUCGAACUCAGUCGGCUCGUCAGGGCCCUCGGCCAGCCCGAUUGCGCCUCCGGCUACUCCCGUCUCAUCUCCCUCCAGCAGAUCGUCGCCGAUCACUUGAAGCUCUACCUCCCCAAACCCGACACUCGCACCAGCGACUGGACCAAACCUUUGAGCGACACCCAAAUCCAUUAUGCAGCUUCGGAUGUGAUGGCUACGAUCCGAGUGGCCAUGCAUUUGUUCAAACUAUUCGAAGGGCGGAUCAGGAGGACCGAUUCCGGGCUGAUGAUCCUCCAAUACAUCGAAUCUCUGGAGCCCACAUACGACCGUUCGGCGCCCCCACCGCAGGCGCCCAAGCCGCCGACGCCAGUGGGACCAUACUCAUCCGUUGCCCAGCCGCCGCCUAAGCCCCGAGUGCUUGUCCUGACCCACCCCAAAGACGCCCCGAAACCCAAGGCGGCCGCCGCAGCACUCCCCAAAGCCAAAUGGCCCGGCCCGGCACCCAUCAAACGUAAGCAAUGGCGCACUCUCGUUCCCGCCCAAGGCCCCCAGAGUGUUGAAGUCAAGAAGAAGUGGGUCGUCCAAGCUCCAACCUUUCUAGCUCCCGCUUUGGUCGGCUUAAAGACUAGAGUCUCUCCGGCUGUCCUGAAGUCCUGGCAACUCUGGUAUCAUGAAGGACAUGCGAUCAACCAAUGUGCAAAAUUACUGGAAGUCAGUUCAGUCACAUUUGCGACGAAUUUAGGGAAGAUGUUGGUCCAUUUGAAGCUGAACGAUCUGAGCCUGGAUGAGUACUAUGAGCGCUGGAUCAGAGCCAGACGGGCCGACCCACAGGCGUUCCAAGAGCUGGGCGCGUCCAUCAAGCGUCUCUGCGAUGAUGAGGACGUGAAGGAGACCACGAUGACUGACUGCGCCGGCUGUAAUGGGGCUGACCUGGCCGCUCCUGCUGUCGAUCAAAUCAGCCCAGAUGCGGUCCAGACUCAAGAGCGCCCCGAAAGCCCGGGCAACAGGGCAGACCAGCCGGAUCUUACAGGGGAGCAAAUUAUAAGCCGGGAUGUGGACCAGGCCGAAGAGCCCUUGGAGAGGAAUGAAGGCCCGGAUGAUCAAGGUCUUGAAGACUUGCCGGCGGCCCAGGAGCGCUCCGAAAGCUUGGGCACCAGGGGAGACCAGGCAGCGUCUGCAGACGAGCAAAGAUGCCGUGAUGGGGACCAGGCUCAAGAGCGCUCGGAGAGGAAGGAAGGCCUGGAUGAUCAAGGUCUUGAAGCCUCGCCGGCAGCCGCUGAGGCCGGCCUGCCGAACGUGUCUGGGCCCCAGACUCCGCCGGCGCCGUCCUCCAGCGAGCAGGCCGUGGACGGCGGCCCCGCGGGCGUGGAGCCGCCACCAUCGGCGGCGAACACGCCGGCGGAACAGGCGUCUCCCGCCGGGAAGAACACGUCUCUGGUGGGUGCAAGUCUGGAGCCCGGGGAGAACGUGCAGGACGGCGGGCAGCCAGCCACCAGCUGGUUUGAGGAGAGCGAGAAGCUCGUCGCCGGCCACGUGCCACCCGCGUCCGACGCCACAGACGGGUCGGGGAAAGCCGCUGCCCCAGAUGGAGGCGCGUGUGCAGGCGCGGAGAAGAAGGGGGAGGCGCAGAUGAAGACCAUGAACUUCGCGAUCGACGAUGGCCCCUUCCUCGCCCUGCCGGCCGAGCACUCGGCUUUCGACGCCGCCCAGCGCGCCCGUGUCCGCGCCUUCAACGCCGCCAAGGCCCAGCUCAUCGACGCGUUCGUGUCCGGCUUCGGCCUCCCGAAGCGGCUCCGUACUUCUCCCAACUACUUCCAGUUCCGUUGA